AAUGCUACCACAUUCACUACAGUCAACUUGAACUUUGUAGCAUCAGACCGACUUUCGGCAUGAUUUAUUUGUCUUUAUCAUCUCAGUUGCGCGCAGCAUGUAUCCAACCUGCGAUAUCGCUUAGGAUCCAGCGUUCGGGUUUCCGAACCCUCAGCUUUGGAUCAAGCAAACUCUACCAUAACACUUUCUCCUCGUUCUCACGAUUCUCAAUCAGCUCAACCCCGCCCUCCGCAUCGCGUUUAGAAGACGCACCCAUGUCUUCCUUACGUUACAGAAAGCUUUACCAGGCUGCGGGGCUUGCCGGCCUUGGUUUGGGUCUCUCAUUGUUUGGCACUUCUAUUGUCCACUGCGAACCUGUACCGUCCAGCGACCCUGUGACGGCUCCACCUCGGCCACCCGAUGAUCCUUUGCCGCCUCCGCCCCAAUCCUCUGUCAACUUCUAUGAACUUACCUUCGGCACAGUCUGCGGAAUCUGUGCCGGAGUAUUCGUGAAGAAGGGCGCUAAGAUGUUGGCCUUCGUCUUGGGAGGUGUCUUCGUGCUGCUUCAGUACCUUAACUCACUCAAUCUGCUUCGUGUAAAUUGGACUAAUAUGGGACAACGUUUCGAGAAUGCGUUCUACACACGGGAUGCGCAGGGUGUUCGCAGACCUCCGAAUGUCGGAUCUUUGUUCCGCUGGAUAGUAGAUUUCUUGACUUCUGAUUUUCAGCCAAGAGCAUCCUUUAUCGCUGGACUCGCUUUAGGUCUUAGGAUAGGCUAAGGAUCUGGCAGGUAUUUAUGUUUUGACAUCGGACUUCUGUAUAUUUGUACAUACACGUAACACGCUCGGCGGAUACCAUCGCUCCGAAGAACCAGCAUCCCAGAUACUUCUAAAUGUUUCUUAGCGUCGAUCUGUACGACCAACCUGACAAAAAAAUACACGGGAUUGUGAAUGGACACUUCUAUUUU